CCCCGAGCGCCGCGGCUUCCUUCCCCCGCGGCGAGAUGGCGGACCCCGCGGAAUGCAGCAUCAAAGUGAUGUGCCGGUUCCGGCCCCUCAACGAAGCGGAGAUCCUCCGCGGGGACAAAUUCAUCCCCAAAUUCAAAGGCGAGGACACCGUCGUCAUUGGGCAAGGGAAACCCUAUGUCUUUGAUAGAGUAUUACCUUCAAAUACAACCCAGGAACAAGUUUAUAAUGCUUGUGCCAAACAGAUUGUUAAAGAUGUUCUGGAAGGCUACAAUGGUACAAUUUUUGCUUAUGGUCAAACAUCUUCAGGAAAAACACAUACCAUGGAGGGAAAGUUACAUGACCCACAGCUAAUGGGGAUAAUUCCAAGGAUUGCACAUGACAUCUUUGAUCACAUCUAUUCCAUGGAUGAAAACUUAGAAUUUCAUAUAAAGGUUUCCUAUUUUGAGAUUUAUUUGGACAAAAUAAGGGACUUGCUCGAUGUUUCAAAGACAAACCUUGCUGUACAUGAAGACAAGAACAGAGUUCCAUAUGUCAAGGGCUGUACGGAGAGGUUUGUCUCCAGUCCUGAAGAAGUUAUGGAUGUCAUUGAUGAGGGGAAAACAAACCGCCAUGUAGCUGUUACAAAUAUGAAUGAACACAGUUCUCGAAGUCAUAGUAUCUUCCUAAUAAAUAUCAAACAAGAGAAUGUUGAAACUGAAAAAAAACUCAGUGGAAAGCUUUAUCUGGUUGAUUUGGCUGGAAGUGAAAAGGUCAGCAAGACUGGGGCAGAAGGCUCUGUUCUUGAUGAAGCUAAAAAUAUUAAUAAGUCUUUGUCUGCUCUGGGCAAUGUCAUCUCAGCAUUGGCAGAAGGAACGAAAACGCACGUCCCAUAUCGAGACAGCAAAAUGACCCGCAUUCUCCAAGACUCUUUAGGUGGGAAUUGUAGAACCACAAUUGUAAUCUGUUGUUCCCCAUCCAUUUUCAAUGAAGCAGAAACCAAAUCUACUCUAAUGUUUGGACAAAGAGCCAAGACUAUUAAAAAUACAGUCUCUGUGAAUCUUGAGCUAACUGCUGAAGAAUGGAAGAAAAAAUAUGAGAAGGAGAAGGAAAAAAAUAAGACACUAAAGAAUGUUAUCCAGCAUCUGGAAAUGGAAUUGAACAGGUGGAGAAAUGGAGAGGCUGUUCCCGAGGAUGAGCAGAUCAGUGCUAAAGACCAAAAGAACUUGGAGCCAUGUGACAAUACACCCAUCAUCGAUAAUAUUGUGCCUGUUGCUGCCAGUAUCUCAGCUGAGGAAAAGCAAAAAUAUGAGGAAGAGAUUACUAGCCUCUAUAGACAGCUGGACGAUAAGGAUGAUGAAAUUAAUCAACAGAGUCAGUUGGCUGAGAAACUAAAGCAACAGAUGUUGGAUCAAGAUGAGCUCCUGGCCUCUACUAGAAGGGAUUAUGAGAAGAUUCAAGAGGAACUCACUCGCCUUCAGAUUGAAAAUGAAGCUGCAAAAGAGGAAGUAAAAGAAGUUCUUCAGGCUUUGGAAGAGCUGGCUGUUAAUUAUGACCAGAAGUCACAAGAAGUGGAGGACAAGAUGAGAACUAAUGAACAGCUGGCUGAGGAACUUUCACAGAAAACUACUGCCUUGACAACUACCCAGAGAGAGUUGGGACAAUUGCAAGAACUUAGUAACCAUCAGAAGAAGAGAGCUACUGAAAUCCUGAAUUUACUGCUUAAGGAUUUGGGAGAGAUUGGUGGAAUCAUUGGUACCAAUGAUGUUAAAACGUUGGCUGACGUGAAUGGUGUGAUUGAGGAGGAGUUCACCAUGGCUCGGCUCUACAUCAGCAAGAUGAAGUCUGAGGUGAAAUCCCUGGUGAACCGCAGCAAGCAGCUGGAGAGUGCCCAGACAGACUCCAAUAGGAAGAUAAAUGCCAGCGAGAGGGAACUGGCUGCCUGUCAGCUCCUCAUUUCCCAGCAUGAAGCAAAAAUCAAGUCUCUCACAGAGUACAUGCAGAACAUGGAGCAGAAGCGAAGGCAACUGGAGGAGUCUCAGGAUUCACUUAAUGAAGAGCUAGCCAAACUGCAUGCUCAAGAAAAGAUGCAUGAAGUCAGUUACAAAGAUAAAGAGAAGGAACAUCUGACCUUGCUGCAGGAUGCAGAGGAAAUGAAGAAGACGCUGGAACAGCAAAUGGAGAGUCACAGGGAAGUGCACCAGAAACAGCUGUCUAGACUGCGAGAUGAGAUCGAGGAGAAGCAGAAGGUCAUUGAUGAGAUCAGAGAUAUGAAUCAGAAACUGCAACUAGAACAAGAGAAACUGAGUUCUGACUAUGAAAAAUUAAAAGUGGAAGAUCAAGAACGUGAAAAGAAGCUGGAAAUGCUCAUAUUGCUUAAUGAUAAAAGGCAACAAGCAAGAGAAGAUCUUAAGGGACUGGAAGAAACUGUGGCUCGAGAGCUUCAGACACUCCAUAACCUACGCAGACUCUUUGUUCAAGACCUCACCACUAGAGUAAAAAAAAGUGUUGAAUUGGACAGUGAUGAUGGAGGUGGAAGUGCUGCUCAGAAACAGAAAAUUUCCUUUCUGGAAAAUAACCUGGAACAACUUACAAAGGUUCACAAACAGUUGGUACGUGAUAACGCAGAUCUUCGUUGUGAACUUCCUAAGCUGGAAAAACGACUUCGAGCUACAGCAGAGAGAGUUAAGGCCUUGGAGAGUGCCUUGAAAGAAGCUAAGGAGAAUGCCAUGCGGGACCGGAAACGAUACCAGCAGGAGGUUGAUCGCAUUAAAGAGGCGGUGAGGGCCAAGAACAUGGCGAGGAGAGCACACUCUGCUCAGAUAGCCAAGCCUAUACGCCCUGGUCAUUAUCCAGCAUCUUCUCCAACAGCCAUUCAUGCCAUUCGAGGAGGAGGAGGAUAUUACCAGAACAUGAAAUAAAUUCCAGGUAAAUCUGUAGUUCCACAUUGCCACUGGCUCACCUCACUAGUUCUUUCCUUUUGGAACUGGAUCUAUAUUUCUAUUCAUUGUAUGCAUUCUAUCGCCAUCUGCAGUGCACUAGUUUCAAAUGUUUUUUCAGCUUUGUAGAAUCUCCGUGUGUACAGAAGCGUGCCCAAUUCAACUUUUCUUCUGAAACUAUGUACAGUAUAUCUAAUGCAUACAACCUAGGCUAAUAAUAGCAGUCUGCUGUUCAGUCUCCAUCACUGACUUGACUUCAUUUAACCACACUGUGCCAGUCAACACCGGGCAUUUUAUGCUGGCACUGAUGCUUUUUAUUUUGUUUUAUGUACUCUGGUGCAUCAGUAAAAUCCUGGCACCUGGCAUCAAAGAAUUAAUCGUUCAAGAACCAAGUGCCAUUGAAAGCAGGUGAUUGUGUUUCAUCAUGACUUUCUGAUUUCCUGUAUAAUAUGCAUAUUAUUUUAUAUUUUUAGAGGGUGACAGUAUGCAGCUAUAUGGUUUUAAAGAAAACUUAACAUGCUUUCUGGAAAAAAAGUUCCCCAGAGUUCCUUUUUUUAAUAUCUUUGUGAAACCUUUGGAAUUGUAUUUAAAGAGGAAAAACUCAUGUUCUAGAGCUCAAACUCUAGGGGUGUGGAGGAAUGUGCUAGAGUAGCACUAGAACUCAGUAGUUCUGUAGUCACUUGGGCACAUCGUAAUCUCAAACUUUAGUACUUUAUCUGUAAGAAUAAUUACAUUGGUCAGAUUCUCCGAGAGCUCCGUGGAAGCAUGGUUUCAAUUUCAAAUCUAGAAAAUUGAUUUACAAGAGCAGCUGAAACCAUCUCUAUCAUAUUCCUUCCCAGCUCAAUCUCUUUGUGAUUUUGAGAGAUCCUGUUAGUAGUAAGAAAUAAGAGAAAGAAAUCUGCUGUAAUGAAAUGUUCUUCAGGUUGUUGAAUGGGGGUAAGUAUGCAUGCUUAGUAUGCAGUGCAAAAAAGAUGAUGAUUGAAGUUAUCUUUUUGAGAUGGUGCAUUUAUAACACUAUAUGCUGGAACUGAACAAUAUGCAAGUCUGCCUCGGGAUAGUGUAGUUAUAGCUCAUUCAACCAAUAGUGAGAUAAUUAGAUUUCUUUUGGAUUCUCUCUCAGUGACAGACAUGGAGUGUCAGAUUUUCUUUUUUAGUGGAAGAAAAACAUAACCAUAGAAAUAGUAGGCAGGAAGACAGGCGUUAAAUCUGUAGCUUAAUAUGUCUGUUGUGUAUCUUCCACAUAUUACAUAUAUACACUUACAACCAUGUAUAUUAAAAUGUGUUCUCACGAAAGGAUCUGAAUUUCCAAGUGACUAAGCUGGAGUUUGCAUUCAUUCAGUCCUGUAAGCUUCUGUGGCUAUACUUUUCACACAUAUAUAUAUAAAUAUAUACAUAUAUAUACAUACAGUUAGCUUUGGACGCUUCUGAAUGUGUUUGGCUGCUAGACAUAUUUUUUUAAAAAAUCUGUUUUAAAGCCUUGGAAAGAUUGUGAAUAGACUUCAGGCAUUUUAUUCUGAUAUUAUUUAGAAGUUCUCAACUGUAGCAAAGAUGAACAGGUUUUGUUUAAUUUAUUAAGGGUUGCACUAUUUGUGGGGGAGGGGAGAGACUUUUGUUACAUAUUUAAAUGAAAGAUUGCAAUUUUUUGCAUUUGUUUAAUUUAUUUGGUAAGUUUUUUGUAAUUUUUUCCUUAACACACAUGUGUAUGCACUGCCAGCAAAUCAAAGUGUGAAUUUGCCACAUCCAAACCCUAUUUCUGCAAUUAAUGUAGCCAAGCUAUUAGUUAUAUAUAGUUGAGCUCCAUAGCACACAGUGAAAGCACGAAGAAGCCCCCUGCUGUUUUGUUACAAAACAGACUGUCUUACUGCCAGUCUGUAGGUCAUAACAGAAGUGGGGCUGUUUGAAGCAUUUUCCACAUAGCAACUGCUCCAAAAGGUUGCUUCCAUAUAGCUAUCCUAACACAGAGACAGGCUCUUAGAGUAGAAUGGGCACCAUUCACGAAGUAUCAUUUUAAUCCUUCUAGCUUUUGUUUGGCUGAGCUUGCCCUGAAUGCUUUCCCCAUGAGUUGAAUUUCAAUAAUCUUUUAAAAUAAAAGUUUGAUGUUCUGAAUACAUUCUGCACAAUCCCCGCUGGAAUGAAUAGGGAUGUGAUGCCAUGAUUUACCCUAGCAGUUUUGUGGUCAAGGAGUUCGGAGGUUCUGAAUAAGCAUCUGCCUGUCGAGCUUGCUGGAAAAGUUAGCUCUGAUUCUGCCUUAUGGGCAAAAUUCUAGAUCCCGCUCUGGAGCAGCUAGUUGCUGAUCAACCAGUCAGUUCUUCUAGCUUGAGCCCUUUGGUUGAGGCCUCAGACUAGACUUUUCCAUUCUGGUUCAAAGUUGGCAGAUUCUCUGCUGAAGUGCUAAAAAGAUAUAUGAAAGUGUCAUCCUUGAUACAGAAUUAUUAGUGUUUAUACAUUUUACUUUUAUACUUGUAACAGUAAUUUUAUUUUGCUCUGGAGUUGCUUUGCUGUAUCAUGAGUUAUGAAACUACAUUUUGAAACACUGUUCUUUUUAGAGGACAAUUUAACAGUAUUUUUGUGCACUGAAAUUGAAAAUUCAUCUCCUCUUCUCAAAUGUCAAAUGUGUGUUCAGGUGCUUUACACUGUUUUCAAGCCAUUUUCCUUUGCUUUUUUGUUUCAUAUUCAAAAUGGUUUCUUUCAGUUUGAAAGUAUGUUAUUUAAGCAGUUGAAAUAAAGUCUUAGUAUUUGACAAGC